AUGUCCUUAGUGGAAACUGGUUGGCGACAGUUUACUUUUUUUGAAAAGCACAAUGUUUAUGAUCCGAAUAAUCCAAAAUGCAGGUUUAAUGGAUUAAAGAAUCUUAAGGCAUUUCGUUCUGUAUCUGGUGUUGGAUUCACAGUAUUCGGAGAACCAUGUGGUGCAAUAUUCAAAUUAUCGCGCAAUUUGGAGGAAUACUGUUGGAUUGCUCACAAACAUUCACUGGCCGAUAUAGCUCUUGCUGGUCUUAUUCUUGCGACGGUUGGAGAAGAUGAAGAAGGGAUUAAUUCAUUAGUUAAAUUAUGGCAAUUAGAUCGAAUUGAGAAAGACGCGCCAUUUUGUAUACGCGUAAUACGUGUAUGUCCUCUGUUAGGUGUUGGACGUAGUACGCGAGCAUGUGCCAUAGCGUUAGACUCAUCUUUACAACAUAUUGCUGUUGGCUUUGUUGAUUCCUCCGUUGUUUAUUCUGCAACUAAUAUCAAAGAAAAAUCUGGCAAAUGGCUUACUGUGGUUAAUGGUUCAAGUUCAGGACCAGGCGACGAAAUAACAGGUGUUUUCCUUACGUGGACUGCUACUCAAGAUCUAUGUAUCUUGUAUUGUUUAACGCCGACAUCUGUAUUGUCUUUUUCAAUUGCUAAUAAAACUGUUACAAAUAAGGUUGUACACGAUGCUAAAGGUUGUUUGCGUGACUGCUGGAGUUUUAAUGAAACGCGAAAUCAACUUAUUGUGGGUAGUACUGAGAUGGUACACUUCUAUGAAGCAGAACGGAGUUUGACAGCUGAUCCUGACAGCGGUAAAGGUCGUUGCCAUGCUCUUGGUCGAAGCAAUGAAAAAAUUCAAUUAAUUGCAUUUGAUUACCACGUUGCAUUACUUACACGACAGCCAACUGCUAUACCAUCGUCAAAUGAAAUAUGGACAUAUGUUGUCUCAAUAUAUGAUACUGAAGGGCAGUGUGUUGCAUUUUCGUGCGCUAUUCCAGCUGUUUCAAGGAUGUUUUUGUUGGAUAAUGUGUUAAUGGUGCUUAGUCAAGAUGGAACACUUUCAGCUCUUACAGAAAAAAGCAUUAGUUCAAAAUUGGAUAUUUUGUUCAAGAAAAAUUUGUAUGACCUCGCUGUUGGGGUUGCCAAGAGAAGUUCAGUUUCUUCGGAACAUCUUCCUGAAAUUUAUAAGAAAUAUGGUGAUUAUUUGUACAGAAGUGGAGAUUUUGAAAAUGCAGUACAGCAGUACACGGAAACUGUCGGAUACCUGGAACCAUCAUAUGUUAUUAAAAAGUUCCUGGAUGGUUCUCAUAUAAAAGAAUUGUGUAUGUAUUUAGAAGUACUUCACGCUAAAGGUAAAGCAAACAGUCAUCACACGACCAUAUUAUUGAACUGUUAUACUCGUUUGACAGCACAUGAUAAAAUUCGUGAUUUUAUUGACCGUAAUUUUGAAUGCAAUAUUGAAACAGCUGUUCAGGUGCUGCGUGCAGCAAAUUUUACAACGGAAGCAUGUCAUCUCUGCACGAAGCAUAAGCAUCAUGAUGCGCUGUUAAGUAUCUUGAUUGAAGAUCGAGCCGAUUAUAAAUCUGCGCUUAAAUACAUUGCUAAACUAGAAACUCCUCAGAUUGAGGAAUGCUUGGAAAAAUUCGGAAAAUGCUUAUUGAUAAACAGCCCUGAAGAGACGAUGAAGUUGUUGUCAGAUAAAGCAUGUUUCAGUCAAAUCAAUUCUCUUGCUUUGAUGAAGGUUUUCAUUGGAUUACCUACACAAUGUACCAGAUUCAUAGAGACAGCACUAAAGAAGGAUAAGAAAAAUAAUGAAAAGUUGCGUAAUUUACUACUGGAGCUUCGCCUUCGUCAGUGGGCACUACGUGACGAGGAAAUUAUGGAAUUAAUCACAGACGAAAAUUUGGAAGAAUCCUUGGAAUUAUGUCAACUAUUCAAUUAUAUCCCUGGAAUCAUUUAUAUAUAUAAGAAGAUGAAAAGAUAUGAUAAACUUAUCGAAUACUACAUGCGACAAAAUAAGCUCAGAGAAAUUGUUGAAUUCUGUGAAGAAAAAAACAGUCGUGACCUAUGGAUCGACACAGUAGUGUUCGCUUCUCGUGGAAAGGAUGUAGAUCCCGACGCAAUAAAAUUUUUACUUGAACGAAUUGAGGCGACGAAUAGCAUCCAUCCACUCGUUGUUCUCGAAAUUCUUUCUAAAAGUGACAAAAUUUGUGUUGGUCACGUGAGAGAUUAUAUUGUCAAUUGGAUGGAGAGACAAAAUGCUCAGGUUGAGAAGGAUGAAGAAGCCAUUCUCGAAGAGGAGACGAAAAUGGCCGAAAUUGAGGAACAAAUUGACAGUAUUACUUACAAAGUGCAAAUUUUUCAAAUGAACAAAUGUUCUGCAUGUGACACCUCUCUUCAAUUACCUGCUGUACAUUUCCUAUGCAAACAUUCCUACCAUGCUCACUGCCUGGAAUCAUAUAGUGAAAAGGCUGACUAUUGCCCAGCUUGUAUGCGAAACAGCUUUAAUGAAAGGAUGCAAAGUGAUGAGGGGAAAGACUUCUCCACACGUAGCGCUUAUAUUCAAUUUCAGAAUGAGGUAAACGAAUCAGUCGAUUGUAUGACCCUCAUUUCUUCGUAUAUUGGUGACGGACUUUUCGAUCCGUGGUCAAAGGGUCCUCAGUCGGAUACUAGUGCAACGAACAAAAUAAAUGUAAAUCAGUUCGAGGAUCAGUCAUCCGAAAAAACAAUUUCAAUGAGCACAACAAUAUCUAAUCCUUUUCUUACUCCAAAAACGAUGAAUUCAGGUACAGCAAAAUCUGUGCAAUCUACCAAUCCUUUUGAUGUUCAUGAUGAUUCCAAGAAUCCCUUCGAAGAGGACUUAUGA